AACACCGUUUCAAAAUGUGAGAUUUUAAAAGCAGGGACGCAAAUACCCCACUGUCUGUUUCUUUCUUUAAAAUAUUUUCUUUGCUGGGUGUACACAAAUUACAAUCCUUGUUUUUUAUUCAGAUCGUAGUUUCCAUGACGUCAUGAUUAUUUCCGUCGAUUGUCACCUAACAAAACAACAUUGUUAUGGAAUUCUUGCAAGAAGUGAACAGCUUUUUUCCGCUUCAUAUACAAUGGAAUGUCUGCCCAACUCAUUAAAAUUAGUAUUAUAUUAUUAUGACAUGAUGUCGCGAAGUUCUACAAGAGUUCAUUGAAUUUCAGUUUGAUACAAGAAGCAAGGCUAAGAAUCUAAUGCCGAAAACUCCAUUGGGAACUUGUAGGUAGCUGUAAAUGUAACAAAACGAGUGAAGGGUACAAGGCGUGGCAAAGCGUGUGCAGAGGCUGAGGGGGCGGAACUGACGACAUGCAAGGCUCAGACGAUGAAGAGGAACCCUGGCACCCCCGCACGGUCGUGAGCGGAUCACCUAGCUUUGUUCACGGACGUGGCGAGGACAAAGUGGCAGAAGCCUACAGCUCAUGACGGCCAAGACAGUGGUGACAAGGAAGAACUUCUUCAACCAGUCUCCAGGUUACACUAUAGCGACAACAACAACGUGGUAAAGUUCAACCAAAGUGAAGGCUUAAAACACAAGAACGCAGGGGGUCUUUCGAAGGCGGAUGAAGACCCGUCAACAAAAUUGUCCAUCGGUCAGCUCGUGUCUGUUUUGUCUCCUGACCACGGCACUGAACCCUCAAUCGCCUACUCAUCAGCUGGCGCUGGGUCAGAGCUCCCCCACCAGUAUGGGACACAGACUAAGGGAGGCAAGUUGUCGCUGGACGAAGAACGGAAUAGCAUUAUCAGCAUGGCCCAUGAGAAAGAGUCAGAAGUACCCCCUACCUCCACCCAUUCCGUUGUUGAGGUCAGCAUCCCAGGGGUCAGUCCAGAGGUCAUGAAUGGUAUAUUAGAACAUGUAUAUGGUGGGAACAUCAUCAUAACUGGUGAUAAUUUGGAGGGUCUACUGAUUGGAGCAGAUCGGUUCCAGACGUGCCAGGAUUACUCCACUCUGUCUCGUGAUGAGCUACUGGCCAUUCUAACAGCUGAUCGGCUCAACGUCAGACAUGAAGAGCAAGUACUUGACGCAGUUAUUCGCUGGGUCAUGGCAGAUCCCACAGACAGGCAACGUGAUGGAGGCCGUCCUUCGUCUUCAGAAACAGCAGAUGCUCCAUGUGGACGCCUCCGUAUUCGCCCCGCGUCUGCCCAGAGAUGUUCUGGUGGUGGUUGGGGGCUCAAACUUUGGCUUUCCGCUCAACCUGGUGGAAGCGUUCGACUGUCGGACCUGGCUCUGGUCUAUUAUUACACCACAAGAUUUCGCACCACGAUCCUACCACGGCAUGGUUGCUCUUGACAACGAGAUCUUCAUUGUUGGCGGCUUCAGUGGCCAGGUGUACCUAAGUAGUUGCUGCAAGUUCAAGCCUGAAUCUCUCACAUGGGAGCCAGUCACGCCUAUGAACACUAAGAGAUGCUAUGUGGGAACUGCAGUCCUCAAAGGCCAUAUCUAUGCUGUGGGAGGUUACGAUGGAGUGUACCGGCUCAACAGCGCAGAACGUCACGACAAGGCCAGCAACCAGUGGAGCUUCAUCACGCCCAUGCUGCAACAGCGGAGUGACGCGGGCGUGGCAGUUCUUUACGACAAAAUGUACGUGUGUGGGGGCUUUAACGGCAUGGAAUGUAUCCGCGCUGUUGAGAUCUACGAUCCGCACACAGACCAGUGGUCAGCGGUGACCAGCAUGUCUCAAGGCCGAAGUGGUUUGGGCCUGGUGGCCUAUGGUGGCUGUCUGUAUGCAGUGGGUGGCUUUGAUGGGUCUGACAGUUCUGUGCGGUUGUCUACGGUAGAGAGAUUUGACCCUAAUACCUCCCAGUGGACUGCUCUACAGCCUAUGCCACAUCCUCGCAGUAACCUGGCUGUGGAGGUGUUGGAAGACGUGAUGUACGCUAUUGGGGGAUACAACGGAGACAGGACCACCUCUGUCGUGGAGUGCUACGACUUCACCUCUAACACUUGGUUC